CCAAUGGUUGCGUGGGGGCGCCAGGGUGUGCCCAUUCUGCAGCUGACGCGCGGCCAUGAUGACGCGGCAACGGUUUUCCUAAUAAUGGCAUUGUGGUGCGCCCAACCGCACAACAUCAUAAUCGCAGUGUUCUACGUGAAAAAUUCUUUCGCCCUUUCUGCUGGGUUUUCUGGGAUACGUCGGCAAUUGAUGAACUGAAGGGCGUCCUUUCGGGGCGAGGGUCCAAACCGAUUUCCAGUCUUUAAGUAUUCAAUUAAUCAGGUUCGGCCCAAUGGCCGUAUCUUUCGCGGGGCCAGGGCCUGCUGCCGCGCAUGGAGCGCAGCGCUUCGUCACCUCGCACCUUGACGCACAACCAAGUAAUUUAGGUCGUGGUGGGGGCACUACCGACACGGACACGCUCGCACUGUUGCUCCAGGCAGGAGCUACUUGCCUGGCCAUGAGCUGUGUGGUUGGGUACCGGCUGUACCGCCAUCUCCGUUCUCGCCCACAGAACGCACACUCAUCAGCUGACGAGCAGUUGGCGGCUGCCCGAGCUGAGCUACGGGACAAGGAGCAGCAGCUGGUGGCGCUCAGUGCUCAGCUGGCGGGGCGGCGCUUCUCAACGGACCAUAGCCGCGAAAUAAUGUGCCUGCACGCGAAGCUCCGUGCCGCCCAGGAGGAGUUGGUCGCGGCCGGAUCCAAGUGCAAGGCCGCCAGUGAGCGUGUGGCGCGCACCGCCUGUGACCUGGCCGUGACGGAAGCGGAGCUGCGGGCGCACCGGGCGCAGCUGCAGUCCGCCACGCAGCAGCUGCAGCAGCUGCAGUCACGGCUGGAGGACACCCACGGCGAGCUCAACCUGACGCGGUCCCAGAACUUGAUGAUGGAGCGGGAGGUCGCGCAGCUGCGUCGUCAGCUGCGGGACGCCGCGGGGCAACUGGAGGGGCACCUGGCGGCGAGGGCGGCGAGAGCCACAGGGUUGCUUGACUUGGACUAUUAGCAGAGGGGGCCGCAGCGGCACGCGGAAGGAGAUGAACAGGGCGCAGCCUGCUUGGUUGGUUGGUUGGUGUCUGGUUAGGGUCUUUGCUGGCGAGCAUAGCACUGCACAGCAUGUGCUAGGCCGCAGCAGUGAGGAAUGUUGUGGCUAGAGGAUUUCCUGCUGUUUGGUGAUUGCUGGCUGUGCUUGUGCUUGGCAGCGGGACGUGGCUGGACGCAUGGCGGGCCAUGCCUGUACGAACCGACCCCAGCUAUGUCCGGGAGGUGAGGUAGACGCUUGCGGCCUCAGGCUGGAGACGUGGCGUGGGCUCAGCCCACUUCUCCCUUACGCGAGAAACCAUCUUUCUUGUCUGCAACUGGAAGCAGUUUGCAAGCCUGAUCACUAAUCUACCCCUG